CUGUCAGUUAACUUUUCGAUGUCGUAUUUUCAUAUAAGUUUAUGCUUUCAAUUUAAGCUUUUCUCCACUAUUUCUCGCUGCAUUGACUUCCUUUCCCCCUAUCUUUUCAGUAAAUCUGCAGGGGAACGUACAAUAGAUACAACCCUAUUAUUUUGAGGCCCCCCUCCAACGACGACAAACACAGUAGAGUUGUGCGCUAUUGUGGUUCUGGGAAUUAAAAAUACACACGCCGGAGACAAUCGGUUUUUACACUAACAAAACUAUCCGCAAUAUUCCCGUUUUUAACUCGUCGUCUUUUCAAAAUACAGUUUUCCUUACGACCUUGUACAUUGAAACGUCAUUAUUUAACCCUCUAAAGAAGCAAUACAAUUUGGAAAAAAAAACAAUUUUUAAUCAAAAUAAAGCAAAAAUACAAUUAAAACUUACCUUUACAUUUAAGUAGUAUGGCAGAAGCCGAAUUAACACCUCCACCACCUCCAACAAUUCGUGGAGAAGGUGACUGGGUUUGUCCUGAUUGUGGAAAUGUAAAUUUUGCCCGUAGAACCGCUUGUAAUCGUUGUAAUAAGGCUAGAGCACCUAUAUCAAAUAAAAAGAAAAAAUUAGGACAAGAAAUUGGUAAAGCAGCAGCAGAAAAAAGUCGUGGUUUAUUCUCAGCUGAUGAUUGGCAAUGUAACAAAUGUGGAAAUGUAAAUUGGGCAAGAAGACAACAGUGUAACGUUUGUAACGCACCAAAAUUUGGUGAAGUUGAAGAAAGAACAGGUUUCGGAGGUGGUUAUAAUGAUAGAGGUGUCGUAGAAUAUAAAGAUCGUAAAGAAGACUCGGAUGAUGAAUACGACGAAUUUGGAAGAAAAAAAAAACGAAAGGAAAGAAAAAAUCGUGAAGAAAACGAUAAAAAUGAUGAUGACGAUGAGGAUGAAGAAGAUGAUGAAGAUGGAGAUUUAUCAAAAUAUGAUCUUACGGAUUUUGGGGAUGAAGAUGAAUCAAGAAGGUCAAGGUCACGGUCUAGAUCACCAAGAGAUAGACGAAAGUAAAAGAAUUGAUUCUGAAAAAGAUUGAGUUUUAAAACAUAACAAUAAGUUAAUACAAAAAACAGUCACAAGAAUUUCCUUUAUUUUAAUCUUUAAAUUUAAUUUCAUUUUUAAGAGUUAUAUGUACAAUAAGAAUAAGAAAUUGUUAAUAAUAAUUAAUUAUUACGCCUUGUAAUGCCCAAAAUGUAUUAAUACAAACAAAAAGAAGAUAUACGUUUUACAAAUUACACAAUUUGUAUUAUACACUUCUUUAGAUAAUCUCAAAUUAUUUUUGAGUAAUGACGAACAAUUAAUUUAGUAAAAAAAAUAGCGUUACUUAUUAAUUACUACCAAAUACUGUAAUUAUAAUUAUUAAAACAAAAAAUGGAUAUUAAAAUUUCAAUUUUUGAAUGAUGUGAAAUUUGUUUUAUGGAAAGAUAAUAGAUGCAAUUAAGAACAUAUCAUGCUGGCGUGCUUUCUAAAAUAAAGCUUAAGAAAUAUUUUCGUUUAAA